CUUCCUGUCAUGACAGUGAAUGCAUCAGUUCUGUCUGUCUCUAAACCUUUGUCUCACUUCAUGCAAUAAAAAAAUGACUUAAUACAAAAAUGGAAUUAAUGGAAACCGCAAUUCUCACCCUUUUAAAUGUAUAUUCUACAAUUACUUUACCUUUAAUGGAACGAAAUGAUUAAGUUCCCCAAUUAUAGUUCAGUAGAAACAGUUAACAGUGUCUGCUAGUUUCACUGGUAAAGCACAUGAACUCCCCUGGGUAUUAGUCAGCAUAUUUACAAAGAGUAUUAAAGGGGUAUCAGCUAAUGAUUGAUUUCCCCCUCCUUAUUUACUGUGACACAAACAAACACACACACACACACACACACACACACACAAAGACACUCUCUCACACACACACAUGCAGGCCAGAGUCCAGCAUUUCAAACAAACGUCCAUUGAACACCAUUGAGGUCAUGGCUUCACCACUUCUUUACAGCUCUGUACAAACCCAGUCUGGGAAGAAAAUAGGUCACGGACAAAUGUGAUGACCGAGCGAAAGGACGUUCAAGAAACAAGUGGAGCUUCACAAGAAAAAGAGCCAUAACAAGAAACAUUUGGAUAGAUUUACAUGGAUUCCUGCUUUGCUCUGUACCAGAUGAAAGCUGUGUAGCAGUUCCAGAGUUACAACACUGCACAGAGCCGGGAUUUUCUCAAGCCAAAAGCUGAUUCCCAUCAACCAAUCUGCGGCUAAAGAGAGCAGCUGAGCACCAUUAAGCACUGACUUAAGCUCCCAGCAGCUUCUCUCCAGGGUCACUGCAGAAAAUGUCUUGGACACACACAUCGGUCCUGCUCUGUGUUCUCACUGUGUGCGUCAUGUCUCUGGUGCUGGGGUCAGAGGAAGCUCAGAGUGGCAAUGAGUGCGCUGACCUGAACAACUACACCUUUCGGGAGUACCGGCAGCAGAGGGGGAAGGUGCAGGUUCAGUACCUGCUGCUCACCAGGAGAAACAUGAACUGUGCAGAGCGCUUCGACCACGAGUCUUUCUCUGAAACACAUCAGCCACCGUCCACCUUCAACAUCUCCCGCCCAACAAAGGUCAUCAUCCACGGCUUCAGGACUACGGGCAGUAAGCCGACCUGGGAUGCUCUGGCCCGGGCCCUGCUGGAGGCCCAGGAUGCGAACGUGCUGGUGGUUGACUGGGUCUGCAGCGCCUCCUUCGCCUACAACCAGGUGGUGGAGAACUACAAGGAAGCGGCUCUGGAGAUCUCGGUCCUCAUCAACCAGCUGCAGAAACAUGGAUGCAAACUGGAGUCCUUCCACUUCAUCGGCAUCAGCCUGGGGGCGCAUGUCGCUGGUUUUGUGGGGACUCUAUUCGAGGGGAAGAUAGGGCGAAUCACAGCUCUGGACGCCGCCGGUCCUUUGUUUAAAGGCGCCGACGCCUCCGACCGGCUGGACCCGUCUGACGCUCUGUUUGUCGAGGCCAUCCACACCGACUCUGACUAUUUUGGGAUUUCCAUUCCUGUCGGUCAUGUGGACUUCUACCUGAACGGAGGAAAAGAUCAGCCAGGAUGUGCUCGCUCCAGGUUCAGCUCAAUGUUUGGUUAUGUGCUGUGUGACCACAUGAGGGCGAUCUACGUCUACAUGAGCGUGCUGAACAGCUCGUGCCCGUUAGUGGGGCUCCCGUGCUUCAGCUAUGAGGACUUCAUGAAGGGCCGCUGCCUGACCUGUGACGCCUUCAAUGGCAAAUGUCCCACUAUAGGUUUAUCAGAAAACGGUGGGAUCACCAUAUCUCCAUUACCCCAAGAGCAGAAGCUUUUCCUCCUCACAGCGUCUUCAUCACCUUUCUGCACUCAUCAAAUCCUGCUGCAGUUGGAGGUUUCUCCUCUGCAUAAGAGCGCUGAGGUGGGGGUGACACUGGUGAAUGAGAACCAGGGGACUGAGCAGCGACUCCGGCUUCAGAAAGACACAACGGUGUACAGCAUGGUGUUGUUUCACCCGGUUGCUCUGUGUGAGAUCAACUCCAUAAAGCUGGAGAACACUGGAAAUCGCUUCUACAGGCAGGGGGACAUCAACGUGAAAUCUGUCUGCCUCUCAGAGAUCCCCUCUCAAAGGCGAGAGGAGCCGCUGUGUGUGAACAACAUCAACAUCAGACAUGGAGCCCCGUGGUCACAUGACUUUGUGCAGGUGUGUGGUUUCCUCUAAAGAAAUGAGAUAUUCUCUUGGAAUAUGCUUUUAAUUAAAAAAAAGAACAACCUCAGUUCAUCUAAAGUGAGGUCACCCAA